AUGGAGGAUGCUUUACGGGAUGGAGGGUUUUUCCCUGAGAAAGAGAGCAGUGAGAAAGAAGCAAAGGAGGAUGAGCCCAUACUUCUUCCUGUCUCUCUGGACAAGAGAUGCAAGUACUGCUCGCAAAUCCCGCUUGAUGACGAGAUCAAGAAGACAUUUGGGAUUUCUGUCUGCAGGCCAUGCCGUUAUGAUGUCCUCAAGUUUGUUACGAAGACAUCCUGUCUAUCUGACUAUCUUCUGACAGGCGACGAGCUCAAGGAGUUCCGGUUUCUUGAGAGGCCAAAUCCCCACAAGGGAACAUGGUCGAACAUGCACUUAUAUCUGCAAGAGGAGAUUGAGGAGUUUGCAGUCCGCAAGUGGGGAUCGCUUGAGAAGAUUGAGGAAAUGAAGAGAAGAAGGAAAAAGGAGACUGACGAUCGAAAGAUAAGGAGACUAAGGAAAAGAGUGAAGGCACUUAGAAGAAGGACCAGGAUGGAUAUCCGGAGUGACGAGAGACAUGUCCAUGUAUUCAAAGUGGAUGGAGACGUAUCUAGAUGUGAGUGUGGGAUGUCUGUCGAGCAGGAGGAGCUGUAA